CUGAACUUGCUGACUGCGCUUGCUGUUUACCUUCCAGUAUCAUGGCUUGUCAGUUCCCAUCGUGAGAAGGAAGAGGGUCUGAUACAGGAUUGCCGCCCUGUUACCUCGAGUUGCUUUUGAGCGUGAAUACAUCCCAAGACUUAUGAUGUUGGGCAUACUCUCAUAUGUCGUCGACUAUUUCGCACCAAUUUUUCUUGUUCUGUCGCCGAUCACAUCCUACGCGGAUCAGAUAGCCUCAAUCCACCGCAGGAAGACGAGUGAUGGCUUCUCCCUCGAUAUCCCCCUAAUCAUGCUAGUCGCCUCGAUCUUGAAAGUAUUUUACUGGUUUGGUGCAUACUAUGACAAAUCCCUUCUAGCCCAAGCAUCUUUGAUGAUUGUGGUGCAAGUCAUCUUAUUGAAGGUCGCCCUCGACAACAGAGCACCCGAUGGGUCCCACCACACACCAUUCCACGGGUACACCGCAGAAAAUGGUCUGAAGGACCUGAUGUCUGGUCGACGCCCCUAUGACUUUUGGCAGUGGAGUGGCUCGAAGCCCUACUUUCAGUUUCUCGCGUAUUUUGCCGGGACACUUCUUGCUGUGCACGUCUUGCUUCCCUUUCUAUCGAGCUCUCCUGCAUACAUAGCUUUUCUCGGUUAUGUCGGACUGGCAGUGGAGGCAAUGCUACCCAUCCCACAGAUCGUGAAGAACCACAAAGCACGAUCUUGCAAAGGAUUCCGGCUAUCCGUGAUUUGCAAUUGGCUGGCAGGCGACGCGAUGAAGAUGAGCUACUUCUUUCUGAGCAGCGAGUACAUUCCCUGGCCUUUCCGGCUGUGCGGAAUUUUUCAAGCCUGCUGCGACUGCUAUCUUGGAUUUCAAUACUAUAUGUAUGGGGAAGGCCCAGCCGGAGCUGACAUUCCCAUGAGCUCCACGAGCAAGUCCGGUCUCUUCGGUUGAUCGACGUCAGCCAAGGUAUCCGCAAGGCUGCUUCACAUUGUAAAGAGAAGUCCUAGUACCAAGAUCGAAGUGCCCAGACGGAGUUUUCGGCACACUGCGUGCAUAGCCUUCGUGGGGAAUGUUUAUUUGAGUGCAAGCAUCAUACCACCAUGCGAUACUAUCGCACGACAAUGCACGACCAAGAACCAAUGGGGCGACGAAUGCGAACUAUGAAAGAACAAUAUGAAGUUCAAGGUCCAGCCUCAUAGCCCUGGUGGCUCCCAAUGGGUUAGCUGCUACGAUAGCUUGCAGCUUCUUGGAAAGAUCCGGGAAGAUCUUUUAGUCGCUCGGGCGUCGUUAUCCUUCGCGAACGAGAGAUGGUCCAAGUUCGGGGCGACGGGCAGAUGUCGACCGUUUGUGGCUUGUCCCUGAGGCUUGGAUCGGAAGAUCGACCGCUUCAAUAUUUUGCCAGCCAAUCCGCCCUCCAUUGUUGCGUGUGCAUCGUUAUUUUGCGCCUGCAAGCCACGCAAUCCACCAGGAACCGGAUCUGCUGGACCGGGUAUCCUGUUUCUGGAACUCGUGUCAGCCCAUGGUCUGGAGAUUUGGCUGGGCAGGCAUCCAUCGGGGGGAUUUUGGCACCCAGCGGACGUAAAGAAGUCGACAAGAAGGGGUUCUCCCCGUCGUCGACAGCAAUGCAAAUUGCACAACGACUUCGACUCAACAAUAAGAUAUCCAGCUCCGCACUACAGUUAUUGGCGAACUAAAACCGCACAAUAUACUCCGUACCGCUAUGAUGAAUUGCAGGUUGCGGCACUUUCAUCGGCGAACCCACAACCGACACGUUCGAAUACUCCUUUGGAGUUUCUACAACCUCAUCAUUCCUCCACACUCUCCGAGAAUCUAGAUGUGUUGCCAACAUGAAUCAUAGUCUUGAAGAACCCCUGUCUGAGACACCUCUGGGCGGGAGAACUUCAAAGGCACCAGACAGAUCUCUGAAUGUCCUUCAAGUCCACAGCAUUGGUGGCCCCUUGGCUCGCAAGCCAACAGAUAGGUACCUUAGGGCUCUCAUCGACGAUCCACCCGGUUCACUCGUGCGCCGAGCGUCGUCUCUCAACGCGGAGACACUAUGCAAAAAAGCAGUGUCCAUGCUGUGAGGGGCAGCGAAUAUAGUUGUACGUGAUAGCAACGGAAGAUUGGAUACUUGGCCGGGAUAUUGAGGGGUUUUCGCAAAGGUGGCACUUUAAAGAGAGUCUCUGCCAUGUCAUGAACUAUCAUCGCGGAGAUUGGGCGCGCGCAAGUGUUGAGCGCAGGGAGAAUUGAGGUUCCCGGACAGCUUGUUGGGUUAUACGGAGUAUGGACAGAAGUAAUGUCAAGAUAUUGGUCAGCCUCUCCUCGUAUCCGGCCAAGAAUGGGUGGUAUCGACUUCAAAAGCACUAUCCGUACACUACAGAGAUAGACGUUUCAUCAUCAGGACUAAGUAUACAUAUGGCGUCCAGCGAAUCUGAUGAUAGACAUGGGCAAUUCAUGCCCUGGUG